ACCCACUUUGGAACCAGUGGAAGUUCAAGUAAACUGAGAGUUGGGCAUGCUGACUAAUAUCAAAAUGAUUUUCAUCCCUCAUACUUGGAUCUCUAAUAGUAGAAAGGAAGAUGGCAGAUGAAUGGAUUCCCUUUUUAUAAAAAUAAUCUCUGAAGAUUGGUGGGCUGAAUCUUUCCCUUUUUCCUAAAUGGGAAGUGUGUAAAGAAGACUGCAGUGAAGAGGAACCCCUCCAAUGGCUUCAGAAUCUGUGUUCCCAGAACAAGCUAAGAAUCAUUUGAUGCAAAAGGGCAAAAGGCAACAGCAGCAGCAGCAGCAGCAGCCAGAAAAGUCAUCCCAGAGUGAUGGGGAAGAAGACUCUUUCGUAUUUGAAGCCAAUGAAGCUUGGAAGGAUUUUCACAGUUCACUCCUUCGCUUUUAUGAAGAUGGAGAACUCUGUGAUGUCACACUGAAGGUGGGAUCAAAGCUUAUCUCCUGCCACAAGCUGGUGCUGGCUUGUGUUAUCCCCUACUUCAGAGCCAUGUUUCUUUCCGAAAUGGCGGAGGCCAAGCAGACCCUGAUUGAGAUCCGGGAUUUUGAUGGGGAUGCGAUAGAAGACUUGGUGAAAUUUGUCUACUCAUCCCGGCUGACUCUGACAGUGGACAACGUCCAGCCUCUCUUAUAUGCAGCCUGUAUUCUGCAGGUGGAGCUAGUGGCCCGAGCGUGCUGCGAAUACAUGAAGUUACACUUCCACCCUUCCAACUGCCUGGCGGUCAGGGCCUUUGCUGAGAGCCACAACCGCAUCGACCUGAUGGACAUGGCGGACCGAUAUGCCUGCGAACAUUUUACUGAAGUCGUGGAGUGUGAAGACUUUGUGAGCGUGUCCCCACAGCACCUCCAUAAACUUUUGGCUUCCAGUGAUUUAAACAUUGAGAACGAAAAGCAGGUUUAUACCGCUGCUAUCAAGUGGCUUCUGGCUAAUCCUCAGCAUCAUGCCGCCUGGUUGGAUGAGAUACUUGCUCAGGUUCGGCUGCCGUUGUUGCCGAUUGAUUUUCUCAUGGGGGUCGUGGCAAAAGAAGAGAUCGUCAAGCAGAAUUUAAAGUGCAGGGACUUACUGGAUGAAGCAAGAAACUACCACCUUCACCUGAGCAGCCGAGCAGUGCCUGACUUUGAGUACUCGAUCCGCACCACUCCAAGGAAGCAGACUGCGGGUGUGCUAUUUUGCGUAGGUGGUCGGGGUGGAUCAGGUGACCCAUUUCGCAGCAUUGAAUGCUACUCUAUCAACAAAAACAGUUGGUUCUUUGGACCUGAAAUGAACAGCCGAAGGCGGCACGUUGGGGUAAUCUCUGUGGGAGGUAAAGUCUAUGCAGUGGGUGGACAUGAUGGAAAUGAACACUUAGGCAGCAUGGAAAUGUUUGACCCUCUCACUAAUAAGUGGAUGAUGAAAGCAUCAAUGAACACAAAGAGGCGAGGAAUUGCGCUGGCCUCCCUUGGAGGGCCAAUUUAUGCAAUCGGAGGGUUAGACGACAACACCUGCUUCAACGACGUGGAGCGAUAUGACAUCGAAUCCGAUCGCUGGAGUGGAGUGGCAGCUAUGAAUACCCCCCGGGGAGGCGUUGGCUCUGUUGCUUUGGUCAACUACGUGUACGCAGUGGGAGGCAACGACGGGGUGGCCUCCCUGUCCAGCGUAGAGAGAUACGACCCCCACUUGGAUAAAUGGAUAGAAGUCAAAGAGAUGGGUCAGCGCCGAGCCGGCAACGGUGUCAGCGAACUGCACGGAUGCUUGUACGUCGUGGGUGGCUUUGACGACAAUUCUCCCCUCAGCUCAGUCGAGCGAUUCGACCCUCGCAACAACAAAUGGGAGUACGUGGCAGAGCUGACCACUCCGAGGGGUGGAGUGGGUAUUGCCACGGUCAUGGGCAAAAUUUUUGCAGUUGGUGGUCACAACGGCAAUGCAUACCUAAAUACAGUGGAGGCCUAUGAUCCAGUGGGGAACAGGUGGGAGUUGGUGGGAUCCGUGUCUCACUGCCGAGCUGGAGCCGGGGUAGCUGUGUGUUCCUGUCUGAGCGGCCAGAUCCGGGAUGUGGGCCAGGGAUCCAAUAACGUGGUGGACUGUAUGUAACUGCAGGAGUAAGCUGGCAGCGCUCGCUUCCCCGCUUCUCCAAGCUGGGGACGACACAGGGUUAAUGGGGCAUGGUAGCCCUGAUUGCCAUUGAUUUUCUAUUUAAAUGUUCCGUUCUAUGGUAUCGUGCUCUUAUGGAGCCUAGCUGUUGAUGUGCCAGCUACAGCGAUCAGUGCUGUGAAUCAAGGAGAAUGAGGCUUUUCUGGGACAAAAUUUGAACGAAAGGCACAGUGGUCCAGUUUGGACUUGAAAUCACUUCUCCCGAUCUAUCUUUGAACAGUGUAGCCAAAUCCUGGAUUCUGUUUUUGGAUUUGGAGAACUCAGGAUGGCAUAAUUUGUCUGUGGUGUUUCUUUCUCCCAGGUCAUUGCUUACUGAGAAGCAGACCGUGGCUCUGCCCUGGUUUCCUCCUGUGAGGGUGGAGAGGAGGGGUGUUCCCAGCAUCGGUGACCCGAGCCCCCCCAAAGGCUGCUGUUUUGGUUGAGGGGCCCCGAUAGUGCCAUCGUGCCCAAGGAGGCUUAGAGAUUCCAUUUCAGGGCCCAAGGUCCAUUUUGUAUUCAGCUGUAAGGAGCAAAAAGGAAGUGGGCCAGGGUCAUCCUCACCCCUGAGUUCCAUUCCAGGAGGCGUCCCGUGCACAGUUGAAAGGGAAGAAGGGUCAGCGUAGGCCAUCCUCUCCGAAGGUCUAGUGCGCCUUGACUUCCAGCAAUCGCCUGGUUGAACUCCUGGAGGAGAAAGGUGACAUCUUUCUAGGGGGAUUAAGCUACUCUGUCAAACCAAACCAAAAACAAAUAUUAAGCCCGCUAGAGAAGAGGUAUUUCUGGGUGAUGACAGGCUAGCCAGUAGCAGAGUUCCGGUGAGGUAUUGUGUGCCGUUUAGGACGCUGCCCCGGCCUCUUCCUUCCCUUUUCCAGCAUCACAGAUUGGCCACCAACUCCUUAGAAAGGGUGCGUAUUUGUUCAGAAAUACUUGGUUUUUGAACUGCAGGACGAUAGGAACAGUAGUGUUGAAACGCACCCAGCCUGGGAGAGAAACUCUGAAUUUUCCUCUUUGGCAUGGGAGGCAGGGGGAGGGAGUCCCCACCCCAACAGUGGCCUUUGUCUUUAACCUGCCUGACUUGUCCAAAUGUCUCCAGAAAGUCCUUCCCUUGGGCACUGUUCUCUCCUCAGUUACUGGGCCUGUUUGGCAGUGAGGGGGAGGUCGGCCGGGCUGGAGCCGCUGCCAGGGAGCAGGAAACGGUCUGCCUGGAGGCUUCACCUAUUCACUGAGAAGUUUACAGCACUUGACCAAAAUGUGAUAGUAAAAUAAAAGCUGUGGGGAAUAAAUGUUGCCACUACUUUGUAAAAACAAGAGACAGCCACUACUUUAUGAUUGCACUGCCACUUUGUAAAAGAAAACUUUCAGAAUCUCAAUUAGCUUAUUGUGAUCAGUGUGGGGGCUCAACGAUAUCUGUAACUCCCUCCUGGAGAAAUGGAAAGUUUCAAUAAAAGGUUACUCCCACCUGGGACUGGAAUCAAA